AUGACAAAGGAUUCACCCACCCCCUUGGGUGGUGGCCGCGCGUCGCCCAAGAAGCCAGGCAGCCCCGGCCCAGCGGCCGCAGUGCUGGAGGAGCAGAGGCGAGAGCUAGAAAAACUGCGGGCAGAGCUGGAGGGCGAGCGCGCGCGCGGCCGGUCGGAACGGAGGCGUUUCGCUACCCAGACGCGCCAGCUGCGGGAGGCGGCCGAGCAGGAGCGGCAGCAGCUGGCUGACCAUCUGCGCUCCAAGUGGGAGGCACGACGCCUCCGGGAGCUGCGGCAGCUGCAGGAGGAGGUGCAGCGCGAGCGUGAGGCCGAGAUCCGGCAGCUGCUGCGCUGGAAGGAGGCAGAGUUGCGGCAGCUGCAGCAGUUGCUACACCAGGAGCGCGAUGUUGUAUUGCGCCAGGCUCGGGAGCUUCAGCGCCAGCUGGCCCAGGAGCUGGUGAACCGCGGUUACUGCAGCCGCUCGGGGGCAUCCGAAGCCUCCGCGGCGCAAUGCCGCUGCCGCCUGCAGGAAGUGCUGGCCCUGCUGCGCUGGGAGACCGAUGGAGAACAAGCGGCGCGCAUCCGCCACCUGCAGGCGGCGCUAGACGUGGAGCGCCAGCUAUUCCUUAAAUACAUCCUAGAGCACUUCCGCUGGCAGCCGGCUUUACCAGAACCCGCGGAUCCCCAAACCACGCAAUCCUUGGAAGAGCCACCCUUAGAAGCCCAGAGCAAUACUGAUGGCACCCCAAAGCCUGCUCGUCGACUCGGAUCCCUCGAAAGCCUGAACACUGGUGUCCGGGUUCACUCUCCAAACGACCUGCUGCCCACGCGUGCCAGCUCCCUCGAAUCCUUGGCAACAGCACAUUCCUGCUCACUGGACAACACACUGAAUUGCCCCGAGACUUCUGAAUCCGAGGUAAGGGCCCCUUCGACCAGUGCCUCUAUUCCAGACACCUCCAGUCCUCAGCCGCCGCCUCAGCUACCAUCAAAACAUAGGAAACCUAAUGACCUGCAGAAAGAAAGCUCUGAGAACAAGCCCUGCGAAGACUCGACCUCUUCAUCUCCAGGUCUGGACUACCACGAACUGGUGAGGCAGAACUCGGAGCUGGCAGAGGCCUUACAGGUGCUAGUUCGCCGCUGCUGUGACCUACGCGAAGAAAACUUGCAGCUGCGGCGCACAGGCUUCUCUGAGGAGGCCGGAGAGAAAGUGAAAUGGCUUAAGGUGAAGCACGCAGAGCUGACCGAUCUCGCUCAGCGCCUUGAAGAUAGGGCCCGCAAGCUGCAGGAGACCAACCUGAGGGCCAUGAGUGCUCCAAUGCCAGGUGAGAGCCUCGAAGGUCUGGAUCUGGGCCAAGUGUUUACCUGCCAGCGUGCUCAGGACCUGUCAGAACAGGCUGGCGCGCUGCAAGCCAAGGACCUACAGAUCGAAGCUUUGAGGCGGGAGUGCCACCUGCUACAGGCGCGCAUCGCCGCGGACCUUGGCAGCUCCUCGCAUCCUGAAGAGGGCGCCACCUGCGCGCAAUGGUGCAACAUCAGUGACUUGGACCGGCUUCAGCGUGAGUCUCAGCGGGAAGUGCUGCGCCUACAAAGACAGUUGACUCUACAUCAAAGUAAAGCUGGCGCCUGGGCGGACACCGGCAGCCCCAGCGCACCCUCGGAGAUAGCUCGGCACCAGGUGCAGGCGCUGGAACGCGAGCUGGGUUUACAGCGGCGGGAAUGUGAGGAACUGAGUGUUCAGGCAGCUGCUGCUGAGCGGCGCUACGAGGAGACAGAGGCACAACUGCAAGCCGCGCUGCAUAAGGGCGCCAGGCUGUCAGAGGAGAACGCGCGGUUGCAGGCCCUGGCCAACUGGAUGAAGAAAAUGGCAGAUGAGAACAGCAAUGUUUCCCGGCAGCAAAGUCACGCGAGGCAGAGGCAGGAACUCGAAGCCACUGGCCUGCUGGCUGAGCAGCUGCUGCAACAAGAGGGAUAUGCGCAAGACAGGCGGCAGCAGCUGCAGCAGUACCAGAAUAAAACCCCAAGUGACCUUAGGAUUUCUGGGAAAGAGAUGCAGGGGUUGCAGUUUCAGCCUGCCCACCCGUCAGAGUCAUCAGAGACCACCCAAGCUUCAGAGUCCCAAGUCAGAGAUAGCAGGAGACUGAAGUUCAAGACAAAAUCCGAAGAAUAUAUAUUGCCACUGCCUACCAGGGACAUACAACCUCCUGCUUGUCUGUCCCAGCAGGAGAACCCAGUUGCCCUUGGGGAGCCAGCUGCUGCCUCCCAAGUGUCAGACAGAAACCCAUCCAGUCAGUCUCUGGACUCCAAGCUCCAAGCCAAGAAAACCAGUUCACAGUCAAAUUCCUCCUCGGAGGUGGAGUCCAUGUGGGCGACAGUGCCAUCUUGCCUCUCUCUGGACAUGGACACAGCGAGUGAAGUGGAUGAUUUAGAACCAGACAGUAUGUCCACUCCCCUAGAAAUGAGGAGCCUCGAGGCUCCCGUUGUUCCAAAGCUCAAGAUCUUCCUGGCUAGAUACAGCCACAAUCCGUUUGAAGGGCCUAGUGAGCGUUCUCGUGACGAGCUGCCCCUCACAGCUGGGGAUUAUGUCUAUGUCUUUGGGGAUGUGGAUGAGGAUGGCUUCUACGAGGGGGAGCUUGUGAACGGACAGCGAGGGCUUGUCCCCUCCAACUUAGUGGAACCGAUUUCAGGAAGCCCUAUCCUGAGCCACCUCUUCCUCAAGUCCCCUGGUGCUGGUCCCGCUGCACUUCCAGCUGAGCACAGCAAAGCCUUGAAGAAAGGCAGCUUAUUACUUGGGGACGUACAGGAGAGAGGCCUAUGUCAGGCAGGAAGGGUGGACUCUAAGACAGAUAUGGCAGCAGAGAGUUUGAAAACCAAGACAGAAGCCUGCCGGCUGGGCUUGAAGUCAAGCAUGGAGGAGCAGAACUUCUCCAGACCCCUCCUGGAGGCCAAAGGAGCACUCUGUCUGGCCCCCAUGGAACUACAGCUGCAGAAUGUCACAGCCACCUCCGCCACUAUUACCUGGGCCUCUGGCAGCAAUAGAUACCCCCACGUGGUGUACCUUGAUGACGAAGAGCACAUCCUAACUCCCUCAGGUGUGAACCACUAUACCUUCCAAGGCCUACACCCUGGCACACGUUACCAGGUGAGGGUCGGGGUACAGCUACCCAGGGAUCUGUUACAGGUGCUCUGGGAAACAAUGUCCUCCACUGUAACCUUCGAUACACCUUUAGCAGGCCCCCCCGACCCUCCUCUGGACGUGCUGGUGGAGCACCAUGCUGCCUCUCCAGGUGUCCUAGUGGUCAGUUGGCUCCCUGUGACCAUAGACUCAGCUGGGUCCUCCAAUGGAGUGCAGGUCACCGGCUAUGCUGUGUAUGUGGAUGGCUUCAAGGUGACAGAAGUCGCCGACGCCACUGCUGGAAACACCUUGCUGGAAUUCUCUCAGCUGCAGCUUCCCCUGGGGUGCCAGAAGGUUUCAGUGAGGACCAUGUCGCUGUACGGCGAGUCUCUGGAUUCUGUGCCAGCUCAGAUCCCCGAGGACUGCUUCUCUUGUUACCCAUUCCUAGAGGCUCCACCCUUUAACUACACAGAUGGUGACCCUUUCCCUGUUUGUCACCAGAAGCUGGCACAAGCUUCUCUGGGUGCCAAGUCCAGUCCUCACGCCCCCGGAAGCUGUGGGGAGCCCCAGGCUAAGUUUCUAGAAGCAUUCUCUGAAGAACAACUGAGGAAGCAUUUAACGAUAUCCAGCCUAAGCUCAGAUGGGGCAAACAAGCAAGUCCAGGGGCCCACAGAGGCCUGGAAGGGCUAUGAGAAAGACCUGUCCUUUCAGAGGAGUCCCCAGAACCACAAGCCACCUCUGCUUUUUGGCCAGUCUGGGGUGGAGGAAGGACAUGCCCCACACAUAUGCAUUAGUGGGAGUCCUGCUCCAGGGUUCAUCCAUCUCUCCUCAGAGGUUGGACCUGGAAAGAUACUGUGUUGGGAGGAGCCUGGCCUUGAAAAAGCCCUUCUUCAAAAUCAAUAUGCCCAGAUGGUCCCGCAUCACCAGCAAGGCUCCAGCCAGUGCCAUACAGCUGACUUUCAUCACAUUUUUGAGGAGAAGGAAGCUCUGUGUUUGGAUUCUCGGUGCACAGAGAAGCCAGAGCAAAGAAAGAAGAAGUCCCAAAAUGGACAGAGACAAGGAACUCCAGGAAGCAAGAGAGAGUGCCAAUUUCAUGAGCCUACCUCAGUGUUAUGCCCAGCACCAACCAGCAAAAUCAUUAAGAUAGCAAGUGGUGGCUCUGACCAGCUGGAGACUGACGGGAACAGUCCAGUCAGGGUCUUCCUGGCCCUCUUUGACCAUAGCCCCCUGGCGAGAUCUGUCAACUCAGAAGCUACAGAAGAAGAGCUGUCCUUCCAGAAAGGGCAGUUGCUAAGAGUGUGGGGCUCCCGGGAUCACCAUGGCUUCUACCAUGGAGAGUGCAAUGGGCAAGUGGGCAAAAUCCCUGGGCACCUGGUAGUUGAGGUAGAGGUGGGCACACAACAGACUGAUGGGAGGUGGCUUUUGCCACCACAGGGGCAUCUGCAUUCCGAGGCUCAACGUGAAGACUUGGAGGGUCUAACCAACUCCCAGGGAUCUUACAUGCUUCAAGGGAACUCCAGAACACCCACACUGUGGACCCCAAAGACAAUGGUGGCGGCUCUGGACUAUGACCCCAGGGAUGGGAGAGCAGGGGUCCGGGCAAAGGGCAAGCUGGUAUUGAGAGCUGGAGAUGUAGUCACAGUUUAUGGGCCUGUGGAUGAUAAGGGAUUCUACUAUGGUGAGUAUGGUGGACACAGGGGCCUGGUCCCAGCCCACCUGCUGGAUGACUUGCCUGUCCAUGGAGAGUAAGCACGGCUCCCUUGUAGGGUAGUAGCCUCUGGCUGCCCACACCCCUUGGAAAGAGAAGCAAGCACAUGUAUCUUCACACAAUGCCCCUCCUCACUAGCCACCUUAAGCAACACUGGCUCCCGGCAACAUCACCUGAAACUGGUAACAGUCCUCAGAUGUCUUCUCAGUGUCCAACAGCAGCAGGACUUUAAGACCGAGUUGUUUCCAAAAGAAGAGUAAACCAGCCAACCCCUGAGAGUUUGAUAUUUCAAAGACAUGAAUAGCCAUGGUGGGUAUUAGAGAUGCCUUUUUCUGUGGUCAGUAUGUUUUCUUUUAGCAGGUUAACAUUAUCCAUCCAUUGCCGUGUAUGAAAGUCUCAAGAAAAUUUAAAAAGAAAAAGCAGU